ACCAGUCGCACAAUCCCAUAGGCAUUGUAUGAUCGGGGUCGGUCGGAAUUUCUGACGGAACUCUUUAUAUCAGCUUGGAAUAAAUGCAACGUAAAUUUGCAGAGAAAAAAUGUGUAGUUUAAUUCAGGAAGACAAAAAUCUGGCGACCUUCCUUUUGACGGUGUGAUAUGCCUAUUGUGCUGCACUUGCUUGCUAUAGUGAGUUUCGUAGGAUAGCUAGAUUGGCGUGUUCUUCUACGGAUUUUUUUUUUACCAGACAAUUAUAUGUGCAACACAUGGAAUUUAUGCACAUCGUUUAGUUACAAAAUGUAUUUCAACAGGAAAAGUUAGACAAUAUUUCCAUAAACUUGCCAUUGCACAGCUUGUAGGUUAUUCUAAUAAUAGUUUAUUCCAUCGAUAGAGUCAACUAAAAGAGUUUAGCUAAGGCUAGUAAAAAUAAAUAGUGCAGAUAUGUCAUAUUGUCGACGGAUAUGCUGGUACACAACAUUGGGCAGCAGUUUAUCGACUACAAAAUGAGGAUGAUUUGUCACAAUAGUCUUCCUUCAACAGUUUAUAAGACAGUCGUUAUUGUCUAACCAGAGCGAAUGUAUCGCAGCAAUCCAGUGCGCACGGUCUCCCCGGCUGUUAUCCGGCAGAACGCGCAGGAUCCACAAAUCUGUGAAGACAUUCCAGGCCUGAUCCCCUUUUUCCAAAUCUGAAGACGAUACAGGAAAUCAAGCAGAACUUUCAGGGAGUAGAAGAGUUCUUUAUAAAAACUUGGAACAACAGUGAGAACUGCUGGUUGUAUUCGCCAUUGUUUUUUAUUCACAUUUAUUGAAACAAGUAGAGCCAUCAGUGAUUUCAGCAGCCCCCCUGCCUCCCCUAUCCAUGCCUACAUGCUCAGCAACAGAUAAGAACUGUUUUGAUAAUUGUAUGUAAUUAUAAUUUGUGUGGGAGACGGAGCUGUCUCUGUCUAUUAUCACCUGUAACCUCAGACACAAUAACUCCACACAUUUACAUAUUUCUCUCCAAAAAUGCUUUUCUUUCAGUUUUAGGACCAAAUCAGGAAUAAUCAGAGUUAUUGAAGGAAUGGCACAUGUGAACUACAACGUGCUAUUCAGUCCUCAACCAUCAUAAUGAGACACAACUGAAUUCAAUCUGUAGAGUUACAUCUAAACCUCUUUUCCUUGUAUAUUCUAUACUAGACCAUACAUACUAAGUUUGUACAUCUAAAAACAGAGGUACCCAUCCAGCCACUAGCUGUCUAUUUGAUAUAAUACGAUUUGUCGUACCGUUUUAUACUUUCUCCUCAUUUGUGGUAUUCACUGUCCUCUGUCCUUAAUGUAGGGCGCUGGCUCUGUAGCCCUCAGCCCAAUCAGAGGAACAGUAAGUGCCUAUGCAUUUUAGAUAAGACCAUAAAACAUUUAAGUAAAUAAGUGGCCAAUGCAUUAUGUAGUUAGUGACCUGUGAUGUUUAUAUGCCUGGAAGCGCAAUGUCCUGCUUUACAGUCACACAGUAUGUUUACACUACGCCACAGCCAAUCAGUGCCCUGACCCGUCAAGAACCACAACCUCUCCAAAUGGUCCGCAACAUCUAAAAGCACAGGAACACAAAUGAUUUAGAUUUAUUUAGCAUGAGAUUUAUUUAGUACACAUCUUUUAUUUAGCAUAAUAUUGAAACAUUUACACAUUUAUAUGUAGAGAUUUUUCUACUUUUUCAGAGAAUAUUAGUUUACAGGUUGAGUCUAAGUGCAAACUUGGAAUGUAUCCAGCGCCAAAACGACAUGAUUGAAUCAUUAACUGUUUACAUUUUAGGAUUAAUGUUUACAGAGGACUGUUGCCCUUAAAACACAGGCCUAUGUGUCAUUUUCUGACAUAUUAUUUUACAAGUGCCAUAACCGAAAGGAAAUGUAUAAAAUUGCCAUAACUCAUUGAGGAAGCUUACUUCUUGUCUUCAGCUAAACAAAGCUCAACGUGUUCAGGAAUACGUCAUGGUGAAGGUAAAAACCCUCUGUUUGACCUUUCAUCCAAGGAGAUUCCAUCUAUUUUUGUAUUUUUGCAUGUGAAUGUUAUAACCUCAAACUAACUUCACAUGAUUCAUAGCUAGGUUUUGUAUGGUAGAUAGAUUCUAGAACUAGAAGAAGGAAUAGACGAUCUGGGUUUGAUCAAUUUACCCUCGUUUACUCUGUGAGGCUUAUACAGGUCUGAUUUUACUGUAAUGGGAUGCAGAAUAUUACCGCAGAAGAUGUUGAAGAUAAUAGUAACAGAAUGAAAGCCAUGUAAAUACCUCUGUCACCAAUGGUUGACACUUACAACUGGUUGACACUCAUGACUUCCAUCUCUUAAAGCAUAUCUAGAAUUAAUUCACAAAGUUCAUCAGACAUAUUCAUUAUUAAAUUAAGAUAUUUUGAAACUAUGAGUACCAAACAACUCAUACCUGCUACCUAAAUGUUUCAAAUAGUUUUUUAGUGGUUUAAUUCUGAAAAAAGGACAGCCUUGUAACAGCGUUGAGUCGACAACAGAAAAUAGAGCUCUUAGUCAUGUAAAGAUGACGCCCACCACCAAUCUCCAAGUCUUCGCCGUCUCCCUCCUCUCUCUCCUUGCUGCCCCACUUACCACAGCUGAGGACAGCUCCCCCUCUCCCACUCUCUCUCCCCUACGUACCGACCCCCGGCCUCGCCAGGGGGGCUCCACCGACCCCCCUCAGUCCGCCCCCAGCCCCCCUCUCCUCCUCCUGACCAUCCAUGCCAACCGCCCCUCUGCCCUCCGGGGCAGGCCCAAAGCUCCAGAGAAACUUCCAGAAUCCCCUGGGGAGACCCCUCCCCGACCCCUGGCCCAAAUCAUGUUCCCCAAGAACGUGACGUCUGCUGCAGCGGGAGCCCUGGCUCCUCCGUUGCGCGCGGCCCAGGUAGCUCCUCCUCCCCACAGACUGGUGGACGUGGACGUGUGCCAUGGUUACUAUGAUGUCAUGGGCCAGUUGGACAGCACCUUCAAUUGUUCCAAGGACAGCUUCAUCUACUGCUGUGGCAGCUGCCACUACCGCUUCUGCUGCCCCGACCCCACCCGUCGUUUGGAGCAGAGCAGCUGUACCAACUACGACUCCCCGGAUUGGGCCAAGACCCCGCCACCAAACGCCAUACUCCUGGAUGAUGAUGAGCCGGAACUGGACCCUCUGCAGCCUCUGAGCCACAACACAGGCUUUGUGAUUGGAGGUGUCAUUGUGUUUAUGGUAGCGGUUGCCGUGGGGAUUAAGAUAAUGUUCAACAAGGUGUCGCAGCAGGCCAACAACGGAGAGAUCAACAUGCCCAGAGCGCUGGUGGACAUGUUGCGUCACCAGUCCAGUCCAGUGCAGCAGGAUGAGAGGAACAACAGCGUGGCUCUGUGUGGUUCAGGGGAGGGACAGGGUACGCUGGGCAGACCUCCCAAAAACCUCUAUGCCCCUGGCCUGCCCAGCAAGGACAACAGACUGGGGAAUAUUCAACACAAUUUUAUCCAUUCAGGAACCAGUCCCAAUCACACUGCUACCAUCGAACACGCCCCUCGUAUGAACAACACCCAGCUGGCGGCAGGAGGCACUCUUCUGUCCAGCAAACACAACAAUACUAAAGAGCAGCCCUCCUUCCACCACUCCCUCCACAACCUGGCACAGCUCCCCCCAUCCUACGAGAACGCCACCAAGCCAGAGCUCAACAGAUACUCCUCGCUCAAACGCCUGGAGAAGAGUGGUCUUGAUGAAUAUUCAUCGGGCUACUGCACCACCAAGAGGCGUCCCCACACGGCCCAGCCCGCUCUCCAGUCCUCCAGUCACCACAUCCCCUGUGGAGGAGACUACAACACCAUGGGUGGGAGGGGCACCCUCCCUCGCCACGCCCCCCGCCCCUGGAUUCAACCCACCGGCCUACCCCCCGUCUCCCCCACGGUCAACCCCUACCCCUUGGACCCAAUCGAGCAGCACUACAAUCCCAACUACGACACCCUGUCCAAGCCUGCCAGGAAGGUUAUGUCACAGGACCAGCUGCUUAACAUGGGGGACGUCCCCGGGAACACUGGGACCCUCUCCAGGAUGUCCAAGAACCAGCAGCACCAGUACUACAAAGCCAUGGCUGCUGCUACUAAGAACUCCAACACCCAGACCCUGACAAGGAAGCCCCAGGAUCGACCCCAGGAGCGGCCUCAGUCCAACACCCAGACCCUGACAAGGAAGCCCCAGGAUCGACCCCAGGAGCGGCCUCAGUCCAACACCCAGACCCUGACACGGAAGCCCAAGGAUCGACCCCAGGAACGGCCUCAGUCCAACAACCAGACCCUGACGAGGAAGCCCAAGGAUUGGGCGCAGGAGCGUCCCCAGGAUCGCCUACUCAUGUCCCCAGAUCACCUGGAGGAGAGCAUGGGUAGAGGGGUCGGAGGGAUGGGAGUGGGUGUGCAGGAUCCAUACGCCCAUGGAGGCGGGGGAGGCAUGGUCCCCACUCUCCCCCGGGGUGGUCUCACCCCUCAGCAGAAAGCCCAGUCCCAGCAGAAUGUAUGUGCCACGCCCUCCCUGGACCGCCACCACAUGAUCAAGAUGAACUCUCACCCCACCUCAGGGAGGGAGCAGGAGAGAAGCCAGGGCAUGACGGGGCAUAUGAGUGGAGGCAUGGGGGGAGGCAUGGGGGGCUGGGGUGGUAGCGAGAUGCCCGGGGCGGGGGUUGUCAUGGGAACAGGAACGCUAGGGGGCCACAGCGCCAAGAGGAUGGCUUUUGCUGCCAAGAGGCAGAACACUAUUGAGCAGUUACACUUUAUACCAGGAGGGGGCGACGGAGGAGCGGGAGGAGGAAGUAGAGGAGGAGGAAGUGGAGGAGGAGGGGGAGGCAGUCAGGGCAUCAGGACAGGCAGUAAGAAUGAGGUGACAGUGUGAGGGGCACCAGGUAGAAAUUGCCAUCAACUGCAAAUCUAGGAUCAGAUUAUCUCACCCCUAAACCCACCCUUAACCAUAAGGGGGAUGAACAAAUAUCUGACUCUGUAUCAGUGGUUAGGGCAAAUUCUACCUACUGUGUGUGUGGUCUUCAUGAAGAGAGUAGACAUACGAGAAUAGGAAGGGUAGAGAAGGAAAUAUGGUGAAUCAAUCUGUACAUAUAGGGAGAUGGAGGACUUGCUUAGAGGUCAAAAUGGUAGAGGAACAGAAUUAUCCUGCCAUUUUUAUAUAUGUGAUACAUCAGCCAUAUUUCAUAUCUAAUGUGCCAUAUUACCAUACACUGAAUCCAUGAAUAACUGAAAAAAAACGUGGGAGAAAUUAGAUAGCUAGGACUUAGUUAAGGAACUGGUUUGUUCAUGCAUAACCUUGUGUUUUAUAUCAAAUGUUUAACAGAAUAAAGAAACUUUUGAGCCAUAUUAGAAAGGAGGGACCAAGAUAAUACAUCUAAGUAUGAGAGAGAGAAGAGUGGUGUUCGGCCAGACUGUGUACUUCAGUGUUACAUAGAAAAACAGGUUUCACUUGUAUCAAAGGAUGCUAUUUUCCUCAUGGAGCAUUGAACUGAUGAUCUUCAUGACCUAUGAUGUGGAAUGUCGGAUGAUGUAGGGUUUUGAAUCCAGGGAGUGGUAUACAAGUGAGCCCGCCUCAUUCUGACGCAGGAAAACAGAGCUGUCGAUUGUUGCUUCUUGUGUGAAAGAAUGAGUGACCUUGAGAAAAUUGCUUCCAUACAUUCUCUAGUUGCCCCCAUUAACUGAUCUGAGGUCAGUUUUGCAUCCCACCACCGCCUAAUAGUUAUGCUCAGCAUUUGGGGAGGUUGAGCUGAUCCUAAAUCUGUGCCUAAGUGCAACUUCUACCUGGAGCUCCCCUGUGACCCACCUGUCUUCAUCAGGACAACCAAAUCUGAUUGAGCCAUGAGUCACUAUGUUUGACGAGGAACUUCUGAGUUGGUCAGCCUACCAAUAGGAGGAUUAGCUACUGCAACUACAGGGUAUUUUCUUUCAUAGAGCACAACAAGUACAGUAUGAUGCAGGUGUUGCACUUCAUAAUAUGACUGACCUUCAAAGCCAUGCAUUGGGAUACAAAUAAAAUACCAGAGAAAGCACGUCUGACAAUCACUAUUUUAUUAAUCUAAACCAGAGGAGAACUGACUCAAGCCAACAUUUCUACAGGACAAUACAAAUGAUUGGCUUCAGAGCAAGCCAAAGUGUAUGUGUCUAGGGAAUUGACUGUAACAAGGCAGUGGACUAUAAUGCAUACUGUAGGACGACUCCAAUGAUGAAGCAGUCAGAUAUGAGGGUGAGACUCAGAAGAGACUUGGUUGGCUAGCAUGCCCUUUAUCAGAAGAGGACCUUGCUCGUUCGUAGUAACACACUCCAACCGUUCUCUAUUAGGUAGAAAUGUCAUAAUAUCAAUAAUAAUGCUUAAUAUUAAGGGCUAUCCUAUCCUACAUGUGUGGCUUUGGACCAUAUAAUACAGCAUAUUAAUGCUUUCACUUAAUUUGUGGUGUUGAUAUUGUCACUGACGUGUGAGUACUAAUGUCCUGUAGAUGCCUGGAGUCAAACUUGUAAAAAUAAACAUGAGCAGUUUUUUUCCAGACCAGCUCAAAGAGGGAAACACUAAGACAGAAACGUUUUUGCACAAUCCCCUGAUAUUUGCACCAGAUAAAGACAGACAUAUUUUGUAUCACGUCUUAGUGGUUUACAUUCAGCAAAAAAGGACACUCAAGUCACUGGUGAUGCGCGGGGCUGUGUUUGAUAAACUUAAGGGACUUAAGAAAAUGAACAGACUUGUAUUCGACUAAGAGAGAAGUAUAACUGUAUAUAUAUAUAUAUAUAUAUAUAUAUAUAUAUAUAUAUAUAUAUAUAAUCUACAGUAUACAAAGUGUCUCAUAUAACUAACAAAUGGACAGAAGAAAAAAAUCUGACAUAAUUCAGGAGAUAAAAUGACUGACAUGUUGAUACAGAUUUUCUUUUGACAAUCUUCCUAUACACAAUGGUAACUUACCCAGUGAGCAAAAUGGCAUCUUUUAGACGUCCAUGGACGUCGGCGUCAGACGGUGUUCACUGGGUAGUCCGUGUCGGUUAUUGUCAUGAUUACAACAAGUGUUAUUAUUAAUGAUUAUUAUAAUUGUUGUUAUAAUUAAUGGUUAUCUUAUAGUAAUGAUGUUGGUGUUAUUUUUCUUAGUGAGAUUUGAAGUGUUUACAUGUUUUUAGAUACCUAUCUUUCUCAUGACAUUUUGUUUGUUUUUGUUACAUCUGAACACAAAAUGGGGAUUCAAACUAACACUGUCUAAUCUUGAUGCAUGUCAACUCCAUGGCUUGGUAAUGCAUUGACAACAUGCCUGAAUACAGGGCUUUAUUACAGUAUGUUUGAAGACAAAGGCCCAAUUACAAACCUCUCCCUAGUCCCUUUCCCUAGAUGGAGCCUUCUAUCUAGACUAUUUGAAAAUAUUGCAUAGGUAUUAGCAAAAGUUGUGUUGGUUCCACGUGUUGGGGUGGAAUCAUUACACUCACCGUUCACAAGGUCAGACAAUAUUGAUAGGGACUAGGGAGGGGAAAGUUCUGGGUCUGGGACCAAAUUGAAACACUUGCUAACACCACAGCCUAACCUAAUAAAAUCCAAAGGGUUAACACAUGAUGUCACAAUGUAUGUGUUUACAUUAAUGUCUUAAACACAGGUAGGUAAAAAGGGUAUAACAGUAACAACCUGAAUGUUCAGUAACAGUGUCUUUUUUCAGGGAAUUAGGACAGCUAACCUAGUUUUAGAUUUGUAUUUAAGUCACAGAAAGUCUGUAGCAAUGUCUGUACUAUCGCCACAAGCCAUAACCAUUGAAACAGUCAUUACAUACACUUCUGCCAUUAUUUUGUACAUGGUAAACCUUUUUUUGUGUAAGUAUAUUGUAUUUUGUAUAGCUAGUACAAUCAGAAUAUUCUAAUGGGUUGUGGCUCUCUUCUAUAACACAUUCAUUUGAGGCUUCAACAAAUUAUAUGUGAGUAUUUAGUGGAAUGUACAGUGACCACCCAAAUGCUUAACAUUUAACAUAUUUCUAUAUAGCCUAUUAUGUGGCAACAGGGAUAUUUUUGAUGAGUAAUGACACAUAACACAUGUAAAAUAGAUGGUGAAUAAAAUAAGACACAAAGAGAUGAAUGAAUAGGUGUAUGUUUCGACACCAUCAUUAAUUAAUUUAAACCUAUGUAGAACGACGAAGGAUAAAUCUAAAUCUAGAUUUGUAUGAGAUUAUAUAGAUUUGUAUGGGAUGAUAUUUACAAGUGAACUUCAUGAAUGUUUUCAUGACUAUUAUUAAUUUUAAUAUAUAAAGGCCUACUUUUAAUUUCUCCAAUGCAUUUUGAUCCCCUUGGAUGCAGCAGUGAUCAAACACUACAUUUGUAAAAUAAAGUUGGUGGAAAAGGUU